AUGCCUUUACUGAACAAGAAACCGAUUGGAAGACGUGAAGUUCCACCAAAUGUAAAACUCACCGAUAAAGUCUACUAUUUGGAAGCAAGCAAUGAGAUUUUCACAAACUAUGACGAAUUCUUCGAAAGAAUGAUCCAGUUAAAUUCUACACUUUUCUCAUGUGAGUACACUGGCAAGACUGGUCUUACCUAUUUUGAGGCUCUGGAAUCUGAGAAACAGGCUAUGAAAGCAUUAGGAAAUUUCCCGCCACAACUGGAGCAAUCUAUACUGUUUCUCGUUCGAAACUACUUAUGUCGAGGUCGAUUCGAAGAUCUGCUCAAUGAUGUGUCCUUAUUUAUGAAGGAUCGCUACUUUAUCGGUGAAGAAUGCUCCUAUGUCGAUGGCACGCAAAGGAUACCAGUAAGGAUUACUGGCGUCCACGUACUUCGAGAUUGGCAGGCAGAGAGCGGGAAUGGCAAAGACCCGCAGAUCCCUCCACCCGAAAUAUUUCGGUACUCUUUGGAAUUCAUAGAGGGAAACACCCAUCCAGAUGCAGAUUUGGAAGACGAUUUUGAGCAAUCACUUUUUGAUCAUACCUGCCUUCACCGUGCAAGAAGCGUUGCGUCCAAGCCGAAGUUGAAGCUGUUCCUGAAGAAUUCCUGCGUGGUCCGAAAGGGGCGCUACGACAUAAAGGAAAAAUUCAUCAGUGACAUCGAUACUCUAACUUGGGAAAGCGCUUGUGGUGGUCCACCCCCGCAAUUUCCUCAGACCCCGAUGUUGCAACGGGGUAGACAACCUAAAGCCCAGAAUGCUGUUCCCUCCACUUCGUCAACACCCACAGCGCUAGAAGGAACGUCUACAAACGCGGAAGGUGUGUUUUGUCUAGAGCCGUUAUGGAAGGGGUGUAGAUCACUUCAGCGCUAAAA